UAGAUACAGUUAUUAUAUAUUUAUUGCUGAGCGAAGCAGGAAACAACAUAAUGAGAAAAAAUGUGUUUUACCGUGCGAGACGUGCUGGUCAGAAACCUGGAAGAAUUAGGUGAAAGAAACUUUAAGAGAUUCCGGAACAAACUGAAUGAGUUUCCAGUGAUAGAACCGUACAGGAGCAUUCCGAAGGCACGUCUGGAGAAGGCGGAUGAAGACGAUGUUGCAGAUCUCAUUCUUGCAGCUUAUUCCAAGCCCUACGGGGUAACGGUGACCCUUGAGGUGCUGCGGCAAAUCGACCAAAAUCGAAUUGCAGAAAAAUUAGAACAAGACUUGGAGACAGGUAAGAAAUCCUUAACCUGCAUGAAACACAUAGAUCUUCAUAUAGUAAUAAAACACUUUUAUUAAUUCCCACUAUUUUCUCUCUCAAUCUCUAUUUACAGCCAGCAAUUACAAGAAGCCAAGUAACAGAGACAAACCUGCUGGUAUGAUGGGCACACAGCGGCCAGACACUGGUAGGCACACAGCAGGCAGAUACAUAUAAAGGGGAGAGAGAUGGCACACAGCUGGCAGACAUAUAUAAAGAGGAGAGAGAUGGGCACAUGGUUCCGAAGAGGGGCAGAUUCAAACAGAUGUAGAAGAGGAAUAUUGCUGGGAGAUAGUAGGAAUGAGGGGAAAGAGAUGGGAAUAUGGAGAAUAAUGGGGUGAAACGGGGGAUAGAGAGAACAUUGGGAGUGAGAUGAGGGAACACAGAGAAUAAAGGUGGGGAUAACAGAACAUAUAUAGAGACUACACGGGGUCUGAUUAUCUGUUUCGGCUCAAUUAAUUCCUGAUUUUCUCUCUUUAUCUCCAUUUACAGUUAACAAUUAUGGGAUUUUAAAAACGGCGCCUAAUCCUGCUGGUAAGAUGGGCAAAACACUGGCAGAUACUACUGAUGGGCAGACACUUAUAAAGAGAAGAAAGAUGAGCACAAAGCUGGCAGGCACUUAUAAAAAGGAGAGAGAUUGGCACACAGCUGGCAGACAUUUAUAAAGAGGAGAGAGAUGGGCACACAGCUGACAGACACUUAUAAAGAGGAUAUAGAUGGGCACACAGCUGGCAGACAUUUAUAAAGAGGAGAGAGAUGGGCACACAGCUGACAGACACUUAUAAAGAGGAUAUAGAUGGGCACACAGCUGGCAGAUACUUAUGAAGAGGAGAGAGAUGGCCACACAGCGGGCAGAUACUUAUAAAGAGGAGAGAGAUGGGCACAUGGUUCCAAAGAGGGGCAGAUUCAAACAGAUGUAGAAGAGGAAUAUUGCUGGGAGAUAGUAGUAGGAAUGAGGGGAAAGAGAUGGGAAUAUGGAGAAUAAAGGGGUGAAACGGGGGAUAGAGAGAACAUUGGGAGUGAGAUGAAGGAACACAGAGAAUAAAUGUGGGGAUAACAGAACAUAUAUAGAGACUACACGGGGUCUGAUUAUCUGUUUCGGCUCAAUUAAUUCCUGAUUUUCUCUCUUUAUCUCCAUUUACAGUUAACAAUUAUGGGAUUUUAAAAAUGGCGCCUAAUCCUGCUGGUAAGAUGGGCAGAACACUGGCAGAUACUACUGAUGGGCAGACACUUAUAAAGAGAAGAAAGAUGAGCACAAAGCUGGCAGGCACUUAUAAAACAGAGAGAGAUUGGCACACAGCUGACAGACACUUAUAAAGAGGAGAGAGAUGGGCACACAGCUGGCAGACAUUUAUAAAAAGGAGAGAGAUUGGCACACAGCUGGCAGACACUUAUAAAGAGGAGAGAGAUGGCACACAGCUGGCAGACACUGAUAAUUAGGAGAGAGAUGGCACACAGUGGGCAGAUACUUAUAAAGAGGAGAGAGAUGGGCACACAGCUGGCAGACACUUAAAAAGAGGAGAGAGAUAGCCACACCGCAGACAGACACUUAGAAAGAGGAGUGAGAUGGGCACAUGGUUCCAAAAAGGGGCAGAUUCAAACAAAUGUAGGACAGGAAUAUUGCUGGAGAUAUUAGGAAUGAAGGGAAAGAGAUGGGAAUAUGGAGAAUAAAGGAGUGAAAUGGCGGAUAGAGAGAACAUUUGGAGUGAGAUGAGGGAACACAGAGAAUAAAGGUGGGGAUAACAAAACAUAUAUAGAGACUGCACGGGAUCUGAUUUUCUGUUCAAUUAAUUCCUGAUAUUCUCUCUUUAUCUCCAUUUACAGUUAACAAUUAUGGGAUUUUUAAAAUGGCUCCUAAUCCUGCUGGUAAGAUGGGCAAAACACUGGCAGACACUGCUGAUGGGCAGACACUUAUAAAGAGAAGAGAGAUUGGCACACAGCUGGCAGACAUUUAUAAAGAGAAGAGAAAUGGGCACACAGCUAGUAGACACUUAUAAAGAGGAGAGCGAUUGGAAUACAGCUGGCAGACACUUGUAAAGAGCAGAGAGAUGGCACACAAGUGGCAGACACUUAUAAAGAGAGAAAUGGGCACACAGCUGGCAGACACUUAUAAAGAGGGGAGAGAUUGGCACAUGGUUCUGGAGAGAGGUACAUACAGACAGUCGUGACGUAGGAGAGGAAUAUUGCUGGGGGAGAUAGAUGGGCACACAGCUGGCAGACACUUAUAAAGAGGACAGAGAUAGGCACACAGCUGGCAGACACUUAUAAAGAGGAGAGAGAUGGGUGCACAGCUGGCAGACACUUAUUAAGAGGAGAGAUGGCCAUACAGCGGGCACAUACUUAUAAAGAGGAGAGAAACUGGAGCACAGCUGGCAGACACUUAUGAAGAGAGAGAUGGACACACAGCUUGGCAGACACUUAAAAAGAGGAGAGAGAUGGGCACAUAGCGGACAUACACUUAUGAAGAGGAAAGAGAUGGCACACAGCUGGCAGACACUUAUAAAGAGGGGAGAGAUUGGCACAUGGUUCUGGAGAGAUGUACAUACAGACAGUCGUGACGUAGGGGAGGAAUAUUGCUGAGAGAUAUUAGGAAUGAGGGGAAAGAGAUGGGAAUAUAGAGAAUAAAGGAGUGAAAUGGGGGACACAGAGAAUAUUGGGAGUGAGAUGAGGGAACACAGAGAAUAAAGGGAGGGGGAUAACAGAACACAUAUAGAGACUGUAACCCCCCUCUCCCCCACCUCCAGCACAGGGCACAGGGUCUGAUUAUCUGUCUCGACUCAAUUAAUUCCUGAUUUUCUCUCUUCAUCUCCAUUUACAGUUAACAAUUAUGGGAUGGCAGCCAAAGCGCCCCAAACUGCUGGUAAGAUGGGCAAAACACAAACAGACAUUACUGAUGGGCAGACACUUAAAGGGGUGAAACGGGGGAUAGAAAGAACAUUGGGAGUGAGAUGAGGGAACACUGAGAAUAAAGGGAGGGGGAGGGGGAAUAACAAAACAUAUAUAGAGAUUGUACCCCCCACCUCCAGCACAGGGCACAGGGUCUGAUAAUCUGUUUCGGCUCAAUUAAUUCCUGAUUUUCUCUCUUUAUCUCCAUUUACAGUUAACAAUUAUGGGAUUUUAAGAAUGGCGCCUAAUCCUUCUGGUAAGAUGGGCAAAACACUGGCAGACACUACUGAUGGGCAGACACUUAUAAAGAGAAGAGAGAUUGGCACACAGCUGGCAGACAUUUAUAAAGAGAAGAGAAAUGGGCACACAGCUAGUAGACACUUAUAAAGAGGAGAGAGAUUGGCAUACAGCUGGCAGACACUUGUAAAGAGAGAGAUGUGCACACUGCUGGCAGACACUUAUAAAGAGGGGAGAGAUUGACACAUGGUUCUGGAGAGAGGUACAUACAGACAGUUGUGAUGUAGAAAAGGAAUAUUGCUGGGGGAGAGAGAUGGGCACACAGCUGGCAGACACUUAUAAAGAGGAGAGAGAUGGGUGCACAGCUAGCAGACACUUAUAAAGAGGAGAGAGAUGGGUGCACAGCUGGCAGACACUUAUUAAGAGGAGAGAUGGCCACACAGCGGGCAGAUACUUAUAAAGAGGAGAGAGAUGGGCACAUAGCGGGCAUACACUUAUAAAGAGGAAAAAGAUGGCACACAGCUGGCAGACACUUAUAAAGAAAGAGAGGAACACAGCUGGCAGACACUUAUUAAGAGGAGAGAUGGACACACAGCUUGGCAGACACUUAAAAAGAGGAGAGAGAUGGGCACAUAGCGGGCAUACACUUAUGAAGAGGAAAGAGAUGGCACACAGGUGGCAGACACUUAUAAAGAGGGGAGAGAUUGGCACAUGGUUCUGGAGAGAUGUACAUACAGACAGUUGUGACGUAGAAGAGGAAUAUUGCUGGGAGAUAUUAGGAAUGAGGGGAAAGAGAUGGGAAUAUAGAGAAUAAAGGAGUGAAACGGGGGACACAGAGAAUAUUGGGAGUGAGAUGAGGGAACACAGAGAAUAAAGGGAGGGGGAUAACAGAACACAUAUAGAGAUUGUAACCCCCCUCUCCCCCACCUCCAGCACAGGGCACAGGGUCUGAUUAUCUUGCUCGACUCAAUUAAUUCCUGAUUUUCUCUCUUCAUCUCCAUUUACAGUUAACAAUUAUGGGAUGGCAGCCAAAGCGCCCCAAACUGCUGGUAAGAUGGGCAAAACACAAGCAGACAUUACUGAUGGGCAGACACUUAAAGGGCUGAAACGGGGGAUAGAAAGAACAUUGGGAGUGAGAUGAGGGAACACUGAGAAUAAAGGGAGGGGGAGGGGGAAUAACAAAACAUAUAUAGAGAUUGUACCCCCCACCUCCAGCACAGGGCACAGGGUCUGAUAAUCUGUUUCGGCUCAAUUAAUUCCUGAUUUUCUCUCUUUAUCUCCAUUUACAGUUAACAAUUAUGGGAUUUUAGAAAUAGUGCCUAAUCCUGCUGGUACGAUGGGCAGAACACUGGCAGACACGACUGAUGGGUAGACAACUAUAAAGAGGAGCCAGAUGGGCACACAGCGGGCAGAAACAAAAAGAUAGAUAGUGCCAAGAAUGAUAUAAAAAUAGACAAUGAAUAAUAAUAGAUCACCCUAGUAAAACCGAAUAAAAUAUUUAAAAUGAUGUACCAGGUAUACAAAUACUGUUCCAGAAAAGUGUCCUUUCUUAUCACAAGUUUCUGUGGUAAGUUUUUGGUUAUUGCUUUAUUUAAUCGCUGUAUAUAAAAGAGAGCAAAAGAACAGGGGUCUUCACAUAAAGGGGUGAAAUGUAGGAUAUAGAACAUAAAAGGGGUGAGACGGGAAGAUAUAGAACAUAAAGGGGUUAGAUGGGAAGAUAUAGAACAUAAAGGGGUUAGAUGGGAAGAUAUAGAACAUAAAGGGGUUAGAUGGGAAGAUAUAGAACACAAAGGGGUGAGAUGGGAUGAUAUAGAACAUAAAGGGACAAGAUGGGAAGAUAUAGAACAUAAAGGGGUUAGAUGGGAAGAUAUAGAACAUAAAGGGACGAGAUGGGAAGAUAUAGAACAUAAAGGGGUUAGAUGGGAAGAUAUAGAACACAAAGGGGUGAGAUGGGAAGAUAUAGAACAUAAAGGG